CACGAAACGAAACAGCCGUGUUUCGUAUUUUUCGUUUAGUUCGGUCGUACGUUCAACAAACUUACGUAUUAACUUACGUACCUCGAAAAGUACCAAAAACCCCGCCGAGGUGAAACAUACUUCGCGGAAAAAUGUCGUUCGAUUAGAUGCUAUUUAAUUGAAUUAGUGCGAAGAGCGCCGCGGAAUAUGCGUGCCCCAAAAUCGAGUAGUACACGAUAUUAAUUAUGUAGUAAUUUGUGCAGCUUUUUUUUGUUUUGUUUUGUGUGCUUACCUUACCUACCUACCUACCUACCUGUGCGUUGUGUGUGCAUAUCGUUUCCUCUACACCUGUCGCUCUGUUUAAUUAUGAAGACUGAUGGGCCGUUGUUUUCGUCAUCUAUUGUUGCCUUUGCUGUUUUACAGAUAUCCUUCUGCGCCGAGCUAGUCAUCCACAUUCCCGGCAACUUGGGCCAAGAUGGCGUCGUCUACAGGCUGGAUUAUUUCCCGCCGAUCGGCCACCCGUCCCCCAACACCACCAUAGCGGCCAAAGACAUUCGCGACGUGAUCAAAUUCUCGCAGGCCCUGCCCGGCACCAAGUACGACUUUUGGCUGUACUACUCCAACGCCACGCACAACAUGCUCACUUGGACCGCCAAUUUCACCACAGUACCUGAUCCUCCGUCCGGUCUCUCGGUGGACGUGCGCAGCGGCAAAACGGCCGUCGUCUCCUGGGAGUCCCCCAAACAGGGCAGCUUCACCAGCUUCAAGCUGAAGAUCGAUCCGCUGGUGCACGUCUCCGAGCCCAAGCAGCAGGCCGUCAUCGUCGAAGACGUCGACGCCAACACGUACGUCCUGAAGGACCUCGUGCCCGGCGCCACCUACCAAGUCCAGGCCUACACCGUCUUCGAGAACAAGGAGAGCGUCGCCUACACUUCGAGGAAUUUCACCACCAAGCCUAACACGCCGGGAAAGUUCAUCGUUUGGUUCAGAAACGAGACCACCUUGCUGGUGCUGUGGCAGCCCCCUUAUCCGGCGGCUAUUUAUUCGCACUACAAGGUAUCCAUCGACCCUCCCGACGCCAACGACAGCGUCCUCUACGUGGAGAAGGAGGGCGAACCGCCAGGUCCGGCGCAGGCGGCUUUCAAAGGACUCAUACCGGGAAGGGCUUACAACAUAUCGGUGCAAACGAUGUCCGAAGACGAAAUCUCCACGCCUACGACCGCCCAAUACAGAACCGUGCCGCUCAAACCUCAAAAGAUUUACUUCAACAGGGAUAAGAUAACGUCGCAUUCGUUCGUCGUCCAUUGGGAUCCUCCCAGUGGAAGAAGCGAAUUCGACAAGUACCAAAUAUCGCUGGGUACCGUUCGCAAGCCGCCGCCGGUGCCCAGAUCCAAAGAGGACCCGACCUUCUGGGAGUUCAAAGACAACCUGGAACCGGGCAAAACCUACUCCGUGGUGGUGAAAACCGUGUCCGGCAAGGUGACCUCCUGGCCGGUCACUGGAGAAGUUACGUUGAAACCGCUGGCGGUGAAGCACGUUCGCACCAAAACCGACGAAAAAUCGGGCACCGUCACGAUUUUCUGGUACCCGGAUCCGGCCAGCACGCAGGACGGCUACGUGGUGUCGUACCACGAGGCCGAGAGCAUCACCGGCGACAGCAACACCGUCGCCAGCAAUCAAUCCGAGAUCGUCUUGGAAGCUCUGUUGCCCGGCAGGAAUUACUCGGUGACCGUCCAAGCCGUCUCCAAAGACCAACAGUCCGUCGAGGAAUCGAUCUACGUGGUGACCAAACCCAGCGCUCCCAUCAUCGAAGAUCUGCGGCCGACGAUAGACGGCUUGAACAUCAGCUGGAAAUCGGACGUGAAUUCGAAGCAGGACAAAUACGAGGUGCAUUGGAUCAGGAACGACACGCACGAGAAGAACGUCAGGACGACGUUCGAAUCGAAAAUCCUGCUGAGCAAGCUCUAUCCGGGCGCCGGGUACUUGGUGAAGGUGUUCGCCAUAUCGCACGGAUUGAAGAGCGAACCGCACGAGUACUUUCAACCCGUUUUUCCCCGUCCUCCGAAGAACAUGACCAUCGAAAAGACCACGUCGAAUUCGGUGCUGGUGCAAUGGACGGCGCCGACGGAUUCGCUGAUAUCCGAAUACGCGAUGCGCUACCGCACCGAUUCCGACAGCCAAUGGGUGAGGUUGCCGCCGGUGCAGAACACGGAAGCGGAAGUGGCCGACAUGACGCCCGGCGAGAAGUACACCAUACAAGUGAACACGGUCAGCUACGGCUUGGAGAGCAACGAGCCGCAACAGUUGAACCACACAGUCAGACCGAACGCCGUGACGAACGUCAAUCCCAUAGUGGAUUCGAGCAACGUGACGCUGGAGUGGCCGAGGCCCGACGGGAGAGUGGAGGUGUAUGUAGUGAAGUGGAGGGAAUCCGGGAAUCCCGUGCAGGUGAACAGGCGGAAUAUGAGCCAAAAUCAGAACGCGACGGGGCCGGUGCGGGCGCUUAUCGGCGAUUUAACGCCGGGCGUCGAGUACACGUUCGACAUUCAAGCCAUAUCUCACGAUUUGAAAAGCGAAAUAACCAUAUUGAAGACUCGAACUAUGCCUCUAAUCCAAUCCGAACUGGUGGUGGUCAACAACCAACAAUCGACCGACACCAUAAGCAUCCGGUACACUCCGACACCGACCAGCUCGUCCCGCUUCGACACCUACAAAUUCUCCCUGUCCGAUCCCACCGUACCGGACAAGGAGAAAUCCGCCAACGAUUCGGACAGAUUCGUCACGUUCACCGGCCUCGUGCCCGGCCGGCUGUACAACAUCACCGUCUGGACUCUAUCCGAAGACGUCGCCAGCCAGCCCAUACAGCGACAGGAUCGACUGUAUCCGGAACCGAUAUCGUCGAUCAAUUCCACCUACGUGUCGGACACCGAGGUGACGCUGACGUGGUCGUCGCCGCGCGGCGAGUACAACGCCUUCGAGGUGCAAUACCUCACCACCGACAACUACUUCGUCCAGAACCUGACAACGCUCAACAGCAUCAUCGUGGGCGAGCUGCGGCCGCACCGCAACUACACGUUCACGGUGAUCGUGCGCAGCGGCACCGAGUCGAGCGUGCUGCGCCGCUCGCUGCCCGUGUCGGCCGUGUUCGCGACGAAGGAGAGCGUGCCCGGCAAGGUGGAGAAAUUCGAGCCGGUCGACGUGCAAGCGUCCGAGAUCCGGUUCGAGUGGGCGCUGCCGGCGUCGGAGCAGAACGGCGUCAUACGGCGGUUCACGAUCACCUACGGGCUGGAGGGAUCGGCGCACAAGCUGGUCAAGGACUUCGGGCCGAACGAGUUCCGCGGGAACAUCAGGAACUUGGAGCCCGGCAAGACGUACGUGUUCGCCAUACAGGCGGAGACGAGCGUCGGCUUCGGGCCGGAGACCGUGUGGAAGGAGAAGAUGCAGAUCAUGCCGCCGGUCAUACGGAGCGCGCACGUCGUACCGACGGAGGUGUGCAGGAGCGCCACCACCAUACAGAUUCGGUUCAGGCAGAAUUAUUUCAGCGACAUCAACGGCCCGGUGACUUCGUACGCCAUCAUAGUGGCCGAGGACGAUUCGAAGAACGCCUCGGGAUUGGAGAUGCCGAGCUGGCGCGACGUCCAAGCGUACUCGGUGUGGCCGCCGUACCAGGUCAUCGAGCCCUACUAUCCGUUCGUCAACAAUUCGGUGGAGGAUUUCACCAUCGGCGGGGAAUCGUGCGAUAUCAGACAAGUCGGUUACUGCAACGGGCCCCUGAAGUCGGGCGCCACCUACAAGGUGAAGAUCAGGGCCUUUUCGGCGCCGGAUAAAUUCACCGAUACCAGUUACAGCUUUCCCAUACAAACAGACCAAGACAACACGCCGAUCGUGCUGGGAGUGGUGAUACCGGUCGUGCUCAUCGCCUCGUUGUUCCUCACCGUUAUAUUCAUAAGAAAAAAACGGGCGGCGGGCAAGCGGAAAGCGACCGAAGCCCGAUCGAACGACAACAUGUCGCUGCCGGACCCGGUCAUCGAGACCAGCAGGCCCGUCAGGAUCGACAACUUCUCCAAUCACUACAGGAUCAUGUCGGCCGAUUCGGACUUCCGGUUCAGCGAGGAAUUCGAAGAGCUGAAGCACGUGGGUCGCGAUCAACCGUGCACGUUCGCCGAUUUGCCGUGCAACCGGCCGAAGAACCGCUUCACCAACAUCCUGCCCUACGAUCAUUCGCGGUUCAAGCUGCAACCGGUCGACGACGAAGAGGGUUCGGAUUACAUUAACGCCAAUUACGUGCCGGGUUACAAUUCGCCGAGGGAGUUCAUAGUGACGCAAGGCCCUCUGCAUUCGACCAGAGACGAUUUCUGGAGGAUGGUGUGGGAGUCGAAUUCGAGGUCGAUAGUGAUGCUGACGCGGUGCGUGGAAAAGGGCAGGGAAAAGUGCGAUCAUUAUUGGCCCUACGACACCAUGCCCGUCUAUUACGGCGAUAUUUCCGUUCAAAUACUCAACGAGUCACGUUAUCCCGAUUGGAACGUGUCCGAAUUUAUGGUCUGCAGGGGGGAGACCCAGAGGAUCGUGAGGCACUUCCACUUCAGCACGUGGCCCGAUUUCGGCGUGCCCAAUCCCCCGCAUACGCUUGUUAGGUUCGUUAGGGCGUUCAGGGAGAAAAUACCGCCCGAUCAGCGUCCCAUCGUCGUGCAUUGCAGCGCCGGUGUGGGUAGAUCGGGCACGUUCAUCUGCUUGGACAGGAUCCUGCAUCAGAUCCUGAAGUGCGACUACGUCGAUAUCUUCGGUAUCGUGUACGCGAUGAGAAAGGAGAGAGUUUGGAUGGUGCAGACGGAGCAGCAGUACAUUUGCGUGCACCAAUGCCUUCUGGCCGUGCUGGAAGGCAUCGAUUUGACGACGUCGCCGAGGGAAAUACACGAGAAUCAAGGAUUCGAAGACAUGGUUUCUGUGUUUAUAAGACGUUGUAAAAAGCUGCUAUUCUGUGGUUCAGGCAAAGGUGUAGGUGGCGCCACUGUCGAUUCUUCUGCUUACGCAACACGAGAGAAACUGAGAUGAUGAAGGAAUCGCAGAAUCAGGAAUGUAACAAUCUCUGAAAACGCAAUAAGAAAUUUUUUGUAUUAAUAUUGAAAUGAAAUGACGAUUUUAUAUGCUGAUAGUUGAUAGUUUUAUAAAUAUGUAUUUUAUAAUGAGAGUAAAUUUUGUACUAUUUAUUAAUUUUUUGUACUAUAACUAAAUUUACGUGACCAAAUCGAUAUGUGUAUGUUAUUAUGAUGAAUGUUCAAACGGUAGAGAAUUUUUCUAAUAACGUACAUGAAAUUUGCCUUUGAAAAGUAUGAAAUAAUAUUUUCCAAUUUGUUAAUUAUUGGAAGAUAAAUUGUUAAAUAUGUACGUAUAAACGUUAAUUAUUAUUUAUGGUCUUUCUAAAGAGAGUUUUAACUUCGUUACAUACAUUUUUACACUUUUACAAAUAUAUUUUUUUUUCAUUUAUUAAAGGAAAAAUCUUCCAUAAAAAAGCUGUAUUAUACUGACUUUGGAAAGACUAUACGUUACUUAAUUCUUAAAUAUUCCUCU